GUGAAAUUCAAGAACCUAAACUCGUGACCGAAAUUCCUCAAGUCUUGUGACUUCCGCUCAGGUCUUGUGACUAAUAAAUUUAACGUACAGGACAUUACCGCAGACUCUGUUGUAGCAGCUCGCGCUUUGUUAGCCUCAAAAGAAUUCUAAUUCUCCGAAAUCGGGAUCUCUGCUUCCCAUGGCGGUUCUGUUUGUGACUCUGGUGGCGCUGUUCAUCUCAUGUCAGGCGAAAUAUCUGCACGAACCACUCAAGGUAGAAGAGAUUGAUUACAUCAACACGUACGCAACUUGGAAAGCAGAUCCAGAUUACGCUGGUUACGAUGCUGAGUAUUUCAAGCGUUUAUGCGGCGUCCCGCUAGAUGAUCAGAUCAAACCGAAGCCAUUAAAGCUGGGGAUCUUGGCAGGUUAGUUAUUCAACAUGAACGCCGUCAUAAGAGGUAAGAUCAUUCUGGAGCGUUCGCAAGGACCUGUAAAUUCGGCUUAUUCUGUUAUGCGAAACAAAACGAAACGAAACGAAACCAGGCGAGAUAUAACGAAACUGAAGGGAUAAGACAUAUUUUCCAUUAAGGUAAAGAUAACUUUCACAAGGUUUUUGGAGUAAUCGUCAAUCGAUAAGAAGGAUUUUGAGGUGAUCGCGUUCUUUUUGUAUACUGUAGUCAAAGUUGGCUGUGCAUGUUGACUUUUACAAAAAAUGUAUAAGUUAGACAACCCUGCUUCAUGGGAACUACUAAGUUUUUAGGGUGGGUAACCUAAGAAGCCAGCAAAUUGUGCUCGAGGGAAAAUCUCGAGGGAAAAUCUCGAAUGAAAAUCUCGAAUGAAAAUCUCAAGGGAAAAUCUCGAGGGAAAAUCUCGAGGGGAAAUCUCGAGGGGAAAUCUUGAGUUGAAAUCUUGAGUUUCUGCGUUUUGAUGUGGGAAAAUUUCCAGAAAGAAUAUUGUAAAGCUUACUGCAAAAGAAAAAAAGGUUUUUCAUCAAAGUUUUGCCAUACACAAUUCCUAUGGUAUUUGCAUUGUCAUGGUUACAGAAAAUCUCGUGAUCUAGAAAGCAGUUAGUUGAAUUGGUUACAGUUAUGUAGGAUGUGACAUCACUGCAUUGGAGCCAUACUUUCUUGUUAAUGCAGUAAAACACUCCCCAAAAGUGACUUUUAAGAGGGGUCAGGUCAAAUUGAUUGUGACGCAAUCAAAAUCCUCUGACCUCCUCACUUAGGCAAUAAAUGAUGACCAUUUUCUUUCUUUUGUUUUCGUGUGACAUUUGUUGUUUGCAUCCUUAGUGAAGACAGAUUAUGAUAUCAUUGAGCAAGAGAUACCAUCCACAUUUGACUCCAGGGAACAAUGGUCUGAUUGUCCAUCAACAAAUGAAAUCCGGGACCAAGGUGCUUGUGGAAGUUGCUGGGUCAGUUUGCCAUUUUGAACUCUACUGUUAUGUUUGAGACUAUAACAUUUUGCUCAAUAAGAAAGGGUUUUCUCAUAAAACCUCAUCCAAUUUAGUCCUGUGAUUAAUAUUACUUUUAUAACUUUCUUUGGUAAAUAAUUCUUACAACAGCUAGCUCUCUGCCUCUGACUUUGAAGUGUUUAAGAGUUGCUGAUCUUGCAGAAAAUAAUUUUUUCAUUUUUUCUUGUCUAGGCAUUUGGAGCUGUGGAGGCUAUGACAGACAGAAUCUGUAUUAAGUCAAAUGGAAAACUGACACCUCACAUUUCUGCUGAAGAUUUGCUUUCCUGCUGUUCAUCUUGUGGAAUGGGGUGGGUGGCCGUGGGAAUUUCCCUCUAAUCCUUUAAACCCCAGAUCAAAUUUGUAAUUCUCCUUACUGUCAACCAUACAAUUCUUAUAUUGUUAGUUCAGAGAAUUUAGUAUCAGAUCAACUAAUUAUUCCCAAAUCAAGAUUUUUCGUUAUUCUCAUCACUUAUCUGGUUGAUAUUGUAUUGAUAUUGUAAGGAAAAUUCUGUGUUGGUCACUCAUGGGAGUUAAAGGGUUAAUAUGGAGGUUGUCUUUUUAGUUUUGAUGGUCAUUUUUGGCCUGUUAACUCAAAAUAUCUGAUUGAGAAUUCUCCCCUCUUGCUGCUACAUAUAUCCUUGUGAAUAAGUUUUAAGAGUUUGGUGUUACAUUAAGAUAACAACUUCAUUGCCUGUUUGCUGGAUGGAUAUUUUAGAGAGAAGUCACAUGGGAGCUUUAAGAGUUAAGAAGCCUGAAAAAGAAAAGGGAAAAAAAAAAGGAAAAAUGAUCUUAAUAAAGGCAUAGUAACCCUAUAAUAAUUCAGAAUCCUAUAAUCAUUAACUUUUUGUUAAAAUAAUAGAAACCAUGUCUUUAUACAAAUUAUUACCAUUGUCAUCAUAAUUUUUGUCCUUAUUAUUAUUAUUAUUAUUAUUAUUAUUAUUAUUUGUUAUUAAUUUAUUUCAGAUGCAAUGGAGGAUUCCCUGAAGCUGCAUGGUAAUUAUAGUACACAUUAAAUUAGAUAUUGAUUAAUUUUAUCAGUAAGUGCCAGGUUUUAAACUUAAAUUCUCCAAACCAUCAUCCAUACAUUGCUUAUGAUUUCAGCUAUUUUAGCUUGAAAAUUUAGAUUUCAGUAAUAUAACACAGAAUUAAUUCUGAAGCUUAAAUUUUCAGAAAUUUUCCCCACAUAUUUUACUCUAAGAAAGCAGAUAAUCUUGUAUUCAUUUAAAUAUGUAGAAGUCUGUUUUGGUAUUUCAUUGGAUGGGUUGGUUCCAAUCUAUUGAUGUUUCAUUAGCAUUAUCAUGAAUUGGUUCAUGCAAGUACACUGGUGGACAAGAAAAAUUUAGUAAUGGUCAAUUUUUUAUUACCUGGGAAGGGCUGGAUGGUUUAGGUCAUGUCACAGUGUCACAGAAGAAUUUACCUGAUUUUCCCCUCCCCCCUCCACCUCCCACAAGGCUAAUGAUUCUCCCUCAUUGGCAAUCAGUUUCUAUGGUUUCCCUUUAUGUUCUGUUAGUGACAACUGACCCACCUCUAUCUUCUCUGAAAACCAUAUUAUGCCUCCUAAAUUAUCCACCCUCCCUCCCAAGUAAAUAAUAAUGACUGUCCCUAAAACAAGAUUUUUUCUCUUUUUUUCAGGGAGUACUGGAAAAGUAGAGGUUUAGUCACAGGAGGACAGUACGACUCCCAUAAAGGAUGUCAGCCAUACUUGGUGAAAGCUUGUGAUCACCAUGUUGUGGGAAAACUGCAACCUUGCAGCAAAACAAUUGUUCCUACACCUAGAUGUGAAAAGAAGUGUGAACCAGGCAAGAUCACUACUUAAAAAAUGAGGAACAAAUGUUGCUUAAAACCUGUGUAAAAACAUAAAAAUGACAAGAGGUGUUCCUUCCACAUAUAUAUUAACUUUACAAAGAGAGAGUACUGAUCCAUUUCCUUGUGCAUCUUUUAGUUCUAUUCUAUAGUAAUUGUCUUUUUUUUUUUUUUUAAAUUUUUUAAUUAUUUAUUUAUAUUUUAAAACAUGAUACUUACAUUCACUACAUUAAGGUUCCUUUCUCAGGACUCUCUAGGUACAUUGCGUUACACUAUACUUACAUUACUCUUAAGAGACAAUUAAUAUUUAUUCUACUUAGAUUGUUCUACUUAUGUGAUAAUGCACACAUAGUUAGAAGGAUAUCAUUUACAUUUACACACACACACAAAAGAGAAACUUCAGACCACCCCUGAUGAAGGUACUAGACAAGAGUGUCGAAAUGUUGGGUCUAUGUAUUGUAACUUCUUCGGUUACAUUCAUUAAAUCUGUAAACCAGAGUAGCAUCAAACUAUGUCUAAGAGAAACUUAUUCACAAAAAAUUAACAGCUAUGAAAGACAAAAAGGCUAAAUUGUGGGUGGGAUUGAUAAGAGUAAGACCUUGAAAAAAAAAUUGUCUUGUGAGCCUUUUUUUCUUAUUAUUUGAUGUUUUAUUGAACAGGUUAUAAUGUUAGUUAUGAAGAUGACAAGAGGUAUGGAGAGAGUUCUUACACUGUGAGCAGUGAAAUGGAACAGAUUCAAAAGGAAAUCAUGACAAAUGGCCCUGUAGAGGGAGCCUUCACUGUGUAUUCUGAUUUCCCUUCUUACAAGAGUGGUGAGCACUUUCAGCUAUGUUGAGACAAUGCAUUCCUUCACUCAUUUUCUUAGGUAUUGAUGUCACAUGUUGUUAAACCUGCCCCAUAAAGUUGCCACUUGUACCAGGAGGAGAGAUAUAUAACCUCCACUCGCAGACACAUUUGUUGGGACACUUAAUGUCUUCCCUGCUUCUUUCAAUUUCGGUCUGCAAGAUGGCAUAGACACAGUGGUAUUUGAUGAUAUGGGAAAGGAGAGAGGGCCAAAAGAACAUCAUAAAGACAUUCUGGAGAAGUGUCCUGACUAAUUAUAUCUGGGAGUGUUGCUAGGAGGCUCUCAAUAAUCAGGCUCUGUCAAGCUUCACCUAGCUCUCUCUCCAGUUUUUAAGAACUUUUUCACUCACCUAUGAGAUAAUAUAAAGCUUAAACUGUUGUUCAUCCAUUUAAUUAGCUCUGAGAUGAUGCAUUUAUGUACUGAAAGACUAAUAGGACUUUUUUAAAAGAACAAACAAACAAACAAACUAAAAACUAACUCUUUUCUUAAGUGCGCCAUUGAUUGGAAAGCACACUGUUACUCAAUAUGAAUUGUUUGUGUCAUUUUUAUUAUCAUGAUCACAUAAUCACUAUAAUCAUGAUCUUUGUCAUUAUCUGUAUUGUAAAUAUGUCAAUUUUACUUUACAAUGUCUCAUUGGUUUUUGUGUAUUUGACGUGUCCUUUUAAGUAAUUACCAGUGUGAUUUAAUUCUCCUGUAGGUGUUUAUCAACAUACAACAGGAGAGCCCCUUGGUGGCCAUGCUAUAAAGAUCCUAGGCUGGGGUACAGAGAAUGACACACCUUAUUGGUAAGAGUAAUUUUAUAUCACUGAUUUUUAGGUUAAAAUACCAUGUUGAAAAGAGGUUUGCCUGAAGACAAUAGACUCAAAGUGUGACUGUGAUGGCCUUAAACUGCAAACCACAGAAAUUGGAUGUCUCCUCCUCUGAUUUUCUAUGUUGGUUCAAAUUUGCGAAUGAAAUUAAAACAUCUGUAGUUAUUUUAUUUCCCAUUUUUCUGCAAAAUAAUUCACACUGGAGCAACUUCAGGGCCAAUGUUUGCUAUUGGACAUCACUCUUAAUUUUUUGUAACUUAACAGUCAAGUUUGGUUGAAGUUAAUGUUUUAGGUCAACUUCAUUCUAGAUUGCUUAUUGUCAGCUCCAGGAGGUUUCUUUAACCCUUUAACUCCCAAGAUCUGAUUCUUAAUUCUCCCCUCUAGCUGCUAACAUUUCCUCAUAAAUUAGUUAUGAGAACUUGGUGUUAUAGCAGCUUCUCCCUGAUAAGUUUGAAUAUUCUUAUUACCUGUUUACAGAAAAUGUAUGGAUAUUAUAGGGAGAAGUUUCAAGUUAAUCACUUGUGUGAGUUACGGGUUAAAAGCUGGUUACUGCCAGUCGACCACCACCUUCAAGACCUCCUACUACCAUCUGUUUAGCCUGCAAGCAGGCUCUUGCAUUUGAAUUUCACCUUCAGUCCUUUUUUUGCACACAGCUGCUAAUCACAGCAUUGGCAGCUGCUUAUGACAAAACUGAUCAAAACCUCUGCAGCUUCAACUCUGUUUUAUUACUGGUAGCUACAUUCUGGCAUACUUAUUGUUAUAGCUCUACUCAAGAGCUACGUGUCUUUUAACUUCCAAGUAAGAACAACUUCAAGUCAUCCAAAUAUAAUUAAUGGUUAAACUCAACCAUAAAAUACCACUUGGGACUUUGGCACAUGAAAUUUGAAGGGGAAACAGAUCUUUUAAGAAUUUUUUUUCCUACAAUUAGGCUUGUGGCCAAUUCCUGGAAUACAGACUGGGGAGACAAAGGUAAUUGAAUGUAUAAAAGAUUGUUAGCCUUGAUGGGUCAAUAAAUGCAAGACUUGGACAUUCCCAUCCCCAACUCCCCCCCUCCCAGGCAACCUCACAGGCAUUUGACUUUUUUAUUGUCCCCCAAGGUAGAGAAUUUUUACCUCGCCUGUUUGGGUGGGGAAUUUGAACUGGGAGUGUCAAGCCUUUCUGGUGGAAUCAUCCCCUUUGUUCUCGUGACCUCACGGUGUGAUUCAGGGGUGAUAUUGUGAGGAGAAAUUAGGUACUAGUUACUCUUAGGGAUCAAAGAGUUACAGGUGAACCCAUAUAUUUUACAGCAUACAGCUAAGAGCCUAAGCUAUUAUUAUCAUCUAGGAGAAGUCAAAGAUCAUGAGCCCUUUUUUCUAUUUUUCAUUGCUCCAAACAGGAUACUUUAAGAUUCUGCGAGGCAAAGAUGAAUGCGGUAUUGAGUCUGGUAUUGUGGCUGGCAUGCCAAAAAUAGCAGAUGGAGCCCCGAAGAAUGUGCUUUUUUAAACUACAACCUAUAACCUGAUGAUUAAAGAAUAGAUUUUGUAGUUGCUAUGCCUUGAAUUAAAACAUAAUUUCAUAACAGUGUUUCUUUAAGUCAUUUUUCAAGAGAAUUCAUUACUGAUAAAUAAAAUAUCCUGCAUAAAUUUAGAAUAAUGCUGGUAAGGCAAGCAUAAACUUUCAGGUGGUUGACCAGUAGAGUUGUAACAACUAAAAAAAAAUUAACAAAUAUUACAAUUGUACCUUGCAUCAAAAUAAUUUUGGUCAAGAAUGGAAAAUAAAAAUAAUUGGAAAAUGAAUGACAAGCAGUCUACAGCUGAAUCUUUGCACUACCAACACUGACAGGAUAGAGUGUAGCAUUUGUAUUAGGAAGGCGUCUGUUUUCAAAAAGUUCUCCAAAUUACAUCACUUUUAACCUUUUACACUCUAACACCAGUAUGCAUAUUCUCCAUACUGUUCUCUAAACAUUUCUAAGGUGCUGACUAGGAGAAUUUGUCUAACAAUCAAGAGCUUCUUUAGUUGGUGAUCAGUUCCUUUAUUCUCAUGGCCUUCAGUUUUAAUUUAGGGGUAAUAUUGGGGAAAAUUAACCUCACUGUGAUGGACUGACCAUCCAUCCAGGGGAGAGAUCUGGGUUCAAGACCUGGCCAGUUCAUUGUGAUGUGUUCUUGGGCAAAAAAUUGUCCCUUCAUGCUAUGGAAACCAGGAUAAGCUCCAGCUGGAUGGGCCCCUUGGCUCAAGUUCAGAGUAUACAUUUUUUUGCUGUCAGUUUUUAAAUGUCUAGUAACAAAUAAUACAAACAUUUAGUAGUACACACAAUCAAAAUUCAAUUCAAUUCAUUCACAACAGUACUGACAGUCGUAAAAUGGAGCAAAACAAUUUACAUAGUGCCGCAGUUACAAGUAAGAAAGUAAAACUAUACUUCAAUUUUUAAAAUAUUAUUUUUAAAGUUUUCAAUUUCAGUCUACUGUACGUGUAUUUAUGGAUUAAACAAGAUUGUAACUCCUUUGU